AUGCUUCCACACAAAGACAUUCACAAGCGAACGUGGAAAUCAUGUGACGGCAAAACUGUGAACCAAUUUGAACACGUAGUGAUAGAUGCAAGGCACAAAAGCAAUAUUCAAGAUGUAAAGAUAUACCGUGGCACCGAUUGCGAUAGUGGCUAUUAUCUGGUGGGAAUAAAACUAAUAGCAAAGAUAAAACUGACGAGCAGCAAAGACAUUCAAAGAGAACCGUCUAUUAACACAGUAAAACUUAAAGACGAAAACAUUGCUGCAUUUAACAUAAAAAUAAGUAAUAAAGCAGAGCUAGAGGACCUUGGUGACAUAAACAAUCUUUGUGAAAAAACAAAACAAAUAGUUAAAGACGUAGGAAUCCGAAUAUGUGGGACCGAGGAAUGUGAAAAAGCAAUGGACAGAAAGAAGGAAUAA